AUGUCUGGAAAUCUAUUGCCAUCUAAUAAUAAUACUUUUGGUGUCGACGACGCCUUUGAUACUUACAUUGACAUGGACUUCUUGAGAAAUGACACAAUGGAAGAAGAAGUUGACAUUGGGAACAUGUCUAACUCGGAUCUCUUUCAUUAUUAUUUGGAGGGUGAAUUAGCUAAAGAUCAAGUAAACCUUGACUCAACAAACUAUGUAACCAUGCAAAAUGUAGAUGACUUUUCACUUGCUACAGAUCCAGAUUCCGCUCCCGAAACGUCAAGUCCAGACCAAAGAAACGCUAUUGAAGAUACCGAUGUGCUUUCUCAACCUACAAAUGUUUCGACUGCGGUUGGUCCAUCCUUGGCGAUUCUAAAUGCGCAGUUGGCAGAAUUAUUGGCCAAACUUCCUUCUAUUAAACAAGAGGCAAUCAUAGAAGACAAAGUUUCUUCAUUACCUGAUUCCACAUUGCCAGCAAAUUCUACUUUUGUCACUACAUCUAGGUCAACUACUUCAAAUAAUAACAAUAAUAUUGCAAAUGAUGGUCAGAAACUAACCGACGAUAAUAAUCAAAUUGAUUUGAAAAAGUUAUCGUCCAAAGAACGACGACAACUUCGCAAUAAAAUUUCGGCUCGGAAUUUUCGUGUUCGUAGAAAAGAAUAUAUACAAAGCCUUGAGUCUACGAAAGAGCAACAGCAGGAAGAAAUAAAUUUGCUUCGACAAGCAUUAUUGCACUUGCAAGAAGAAAAUACAAAAUUACAACAAGAAGUAGAAGAAUUACGCAAACAACAAAAGCAAAAUAACAAAGCAUUCGUCACCUCUCCACCUUCGCCACCUCAUAUUUCCUCUCUGGCAGAGAAAGAGAUUAAUAACAACCAAGAAUAUUUUAAAAACGGGAAUUCCCAACGAUCAUCAAAUCAAAAUAAAUCUGUACCUCAAAACCAAUCUCACUCAUCUGACUCUCGUUAUUUGAUAAUUCCGAAUGUCAACAAAGAUGCAUCACCUUCUUCUUCUUCUGGAAGCCCUAAAACCUGGCAAGAUUCCCGUGUUAGAGUACAAACAACAUUUAUUCCCGAGUUUAAUCUCGAUAAACAUCUUUUUGAAGAUAAACCAGAAUUUUCAUUUUUUGAUUCCAUUGCUUGUAAUCAACCUAUCAGAAGAAGUGAUUUGUUCGAUGCAGGAUUACAAUAUAAUGGUCAAAUGGCACAAUUUGCGUACACUUUAUUUUCCACUAUAGUACAACAAAUCACGGUCUUAUUUUUUGAAGCAGUAUGUGCCACACCUCAACAAGAAAUGAUUUCUGCUUUAUUUCCCAACAUUAUUUCAUCCCCCAAUACCAUGACUGAAAGUCAAAAAUCUCUGGAGAUUUUUGAUAAUGAAAAAAGAGAAUUUAACAUAAUUGAAAGGGAACCUAAUGUAAUUCUUGAUCAACCUUCAUUGGAUCCUUUACCAUCGAAUAAUGAAAUUGAUGUUGGUAAGAAUGAAGAAGAAUCUAAUAAUGAAAUUAAUUUUGAUAAGAACAAAAGAGAAACUAAAAUAAUUAGUGAUCAACCCUCGUUAGAUCUUCUAUCAGUUAAUAAUGAAAUUAACGAAGGAGAGUCGUUGUUAGAUAAUAAUAUGAUGGUAGAAUUUGUUGAAGAAGCAUCUGUCCUAGAUUGGCUUUAUGAUUCUAUGGUAAAUCAUGUCGUGGAGCAAAGUCAAAUGGAAGCCAGAAUUAUGGAAUUAAGCGAUUGGGUUGGUGAAGAGUGGGAUGAUAAUGUUUUACCAUUUUUAUUUUAG